AUGGGUUUUGUUUGUGGACUUCUGCAACUCCUAGCUUUUAAUCAUCUCAGCAGCUCAGGCCGUGCCGUGUUUUUGCCAGUUACAGGCUUUUUGCUUGGCAUAGUGACCAAUUGGCUGGCAAUUUUGAUGGUCUUCAAACCAUGCUUCCCGAAGCCAAUUAAGAUCUUCGGCUGGCACAUUUGCGAUAUCCAAGGGCUUUUCUUGAAGAGACAGCCAGAGGUUUGCGUGCUUUACUCCAAGAUGUUGAAGGACAACUUUUUGUCCUUCAGCAAGAUCAUCAGUUAUCUCCAGACACUCCCAGGUCUUUGGGAACGACUGAAGGUAGCCUACAUGGAGCACAGUGCAAAGGUGCUGAGUCAGACAUUAGGUUCGCGUACGACGUGGCUAGCUGAGUGGACCAUUGGCCAGCAAGGCUAUCGGGAUCUUGAGGAAGAUCUCAAGGUUGCCCUUGUGGAAGGCCUCUACAAAGCGCAUCGCUUGCACGCGCUUUCUUCUCAAUACAUCUCCAAGGUCACAGACAUUGAAGCUCGAAACAGAGAAUGCCUACAGAGGAUGCCUCCCGAUGAGUUUGAGAACCUUCUACAUCCGGUUUUCCAAGAAGACGAGUGGAUCCUUAUCCUGCUUGGUGGAGUCCUGGGAGCAAUUGUGGGCGUGGCACAGGCCUUCAAGGAAAAGCGCCAGAGAAAAACACGCUAUUGGGACGUGGAUUCCGAUGGUGAGGAGGUUACUCUGUGCCCCCGAUGCUUCAUGCCACUUGGAGAGUCUGCCUAUGAGGGAAAGCAGAAGAGCACCUUUGUGCAUCCUGAGUGCAUGGCGCAGGUUAUGAUUGAGGAAAUGCAGGAGCAGGAGGCUGAGUUCCUCAAGGAGCAGAAGGAAAAAAAAUUGAAGAAUCGACAAGAGCACGAUAUCGGAUGGUGCCCAUCCACAGUUCCCAGCAAUUCCUCAUUGGCGGAGCGGUUUGGACUGAAAGCGAAUGGCCUCACCUGCCUCGUCUGGGAUGAGGCCACCCGGAACGUCAAAGUUGCUGCCACAUUGGAGCCAUCAGCAGCGGUAAACCUCGAGUACUUGGCACUGGCUUUGAAGGUACGUCGCCAGGAGAGACGGGAGCCGCUCUUCUCUUUGGACCCGGUGGAUCCGCAGAACAUGGAAACGACUACGCAGAAGAAGCGCUAUGAGCCUCAGUGGCUGGCCGGCACCAGUGUCGGGGACGUCAUGUUCCAGGCUGACUACUUCUUGAAGGAGUUGGCCUUAGGCGAGUAUACCAUGCCAGUGGUUGGUAUGCUCAGUGUCUUUGACUGGUCAGAGGCCUUAGAGCUGCAUCACCAACCAUGGGCUGGCCGUGAAUGGUUUGUAGUGAAAAAGGCUCAGGUCCAGAUGGCGGAGGACAAGACUCUGAUUCCCCUCGUGAAGAUGGGGGUCGAGGCCAGAGAGCAGAUCCUGACGGCCAACGGCCUCCAGGAUACUGCAAUCACAAGUGCCAGCCAUCCUCUUCGGCGUUUUGCGGAUGCCUUCACUCGAAACUUUGACCUCAUUGCUGAGCGGAAGAGUGUAAUCUUCCACUUGCGUGAGCUUGCAAAGGCCUCCGUGAUGGCAAAAUUCCUGGUGGACUCCGGCGCAUGCUUGGAUGAGCUGUGGCAAACUGUUGCAGAGGAGAUCGUGACAAACACCACCCCGGAGGAACACUCGGAGAUUCCACAACUCUGGAACAUGCGUGGCCUUUCUCGAAUCCGACUCGAGAAUGGCAAGAUUAUUGACAAUGAGACAGGCAGUGUCAGCAACCUGCAUGCGAUCUAUGGCGGCGUUGAAUUUGGCUUGGAUCGGUUCGAGCUAGCACAGCGCCAUGCCUUGCGACCGGGCGUCCCAGGUGUUCCUGGAAUGGCCAUGCAACAAGCCGGGCUUCAAGGUAUGCAGCUUGGACCCUCCGGUCGGCCGAUGUUCAUGCCACAGCGAUUCCAGCUUACACAGCGUGGGGAGAUGCCUCAGGGUGUUGACUUGGAUCUGGAUAAGUUCAACUUGUCGGAUGUGGAUCACAUGGGCAGCUGGGCUGCCUGCAGCGGCGGGGCAGAGUCCUUGGAGGCUCGUGUGCAACUUGGCAAGGCAUUCCUGAAAGGCCUGAGAGAAGGGUAUCAGACGAUCAAGGAUGAAGACAAGGAGUUGCUGGAAGGCAUCUUCAACGCAGCCCUGGCGGACCGUACACAGGAAGGCGAUCGCUUCAUCCCGCCAAAUCCCAACACGUCAUACAUUGUCAAGCUGCGGAAUCUUGUGAACGAGGAGAAAUCACUCCUGAAAAAGAGGAAGUUGGCGUUUUGCGACCGCUCCUUCUUGCCUUCUCAUGCUGGGCCAGAAUUCCCUCGCUCGUGGACUUCUGGUUUCAAGCUUGAGAAUGGAUUCUCACCUGCUGUACUGAUGAAAUUGAAAUCAUCCAUGGUGCAGUUGCAGGUUGAUGCGAACUUUGAGCAAACUCUAUUCAGCGAUGUGUUGCCAUCUGCAGCACCAGAAUUCCAAAAGAGCACAGAAGAUGGGACUGUCUUCCGCAUCUAUCGCUUGGGAAGUCUGGAAGUUCGCACCAUCCAAGAGCCUGAGGGAAACGAACAGAUUGGAGUUGUGUUUUCCUCUCGGGCACCCACUUGGGACUUGGCUUCUGGUAAGUCCAGGCCUGGCAAACCAAUCCGUGAUGACGAGAAGAUUGUGCGGGGUUCCAUCUAUGUGGAGGCCAUUGAUGUCGAGACAUCUCGACGUUUGGAUCAGAAAUGGUCAAGCAAACGUUUAGAUUAUUGUCAUCACUAUGUGGUUUUGGAGACGGAAGAGCAGAACGUCAUUGUGACAGAGAAACUUCCCGAUGGCAGCACCAUGAUGGUGGUGAAUCCAGAGGGCGUGGAGGAUCGCAACUCUCUGGCCAAACUCAUGGCCACAGCAGAGGAUUGCAAAGACAUGGACGUUGCAGUUGGCAAGGUGAAGCUGCUUCAAAUCAACCAUCAUCGAAAGGACCCCGAAGGUGCAAGUCCGUCGUUGCGCAAACGCUAUGCCAAGGCGGUCUUUUGCAUGUUGCGGCGCCAGGUGCGCAAAACAAAGGGCCUGGACCGGCGGCCGUAUACCUCGCGCAAGCAGGUAGUUGACAAGGAGAAGUCAAAGUGA